AUGGCCGCCGCCGCGCCUGCCGGGCACCGGCACGCGCUGCUUGGAGUUGGUGCGGCGGCGCCGCCCCUACUGCUUCUGCUGCUGCUUCUUCUCGUAGCAGCAGCAGCAGACGCGCAGCAGCCGCCGUCGCCGGGGUUCUACCCGAGCAAGCGUUACCGUGCGCGUCCCUUCUCCCGUGACUUCCGCGCCCUCUGGGGCGCGCAGCACCAGUCGGUGUCCGGCACCGGCAACGGCGGCGGCGUGACCAUCUGGCUGGACUCGACGUCCGGGAGCGGGUUCAAGUCGCGUCGCGCGUUCCGGUCGGGCUACUUCGGCGCGUCCGUGAAGCUGCAGGCCGGGUACACGGCGGGGGUCAUCACGGCGUUCUACCUGUCCAACGCGGACGCGCACCCGGGGUUCCACGACGAGGUGGACAUGGAGUUCCUGGGCACCACGCCCGGGCGGCCAUACACGCUGCAGACCAACGUGUACGUCCUCGGCUCCGGCGACGGCGGGCCAGGAAGGGUCGUCGGAAGGGAGGUCAAGUUCCACCUGGACUGGUUCGAUCCCACCGCCGACUUCCACCACUACGCCAUCCUCUGGAGCCCCACCCACAUCAUCUUCUACGUGGACGACGUGCCGAUCCGGCGGUACCCGCGGCGGAGCGCGACGGCGGCGGCGACGUUCCCGCGGCGGCCGAUGUGGGUGUACGGCUCCAUCUGGGACGCCUCGUCCUGGGCCACCGACGACGGCAGGUACAGGGCCGACUACCGGUACAGCCCCUUCGUGGCGCGCUUCUCGGGGCUGCUCCUCCGCGCCUGCUCGCCGCGCGCACCGCCGCGGUGCCGCGCGCCCAGCGGCGGGCCCGGCGACGCGCUCAGCCCGCAGCAGGAGGCGGCCAUGCGGUGGGUGCAGCGCAACCACAUGGUGUACAACUACUGCCUCGACCCCAAGCGAGACCACGGACUCACCCCCGAGUGCAUUCACCACGCAGACGCAGGCGCAGGCGAUACAUACCCAGUACCUCAUAAUGCUACCAGCUCCUAG